AUGGUCGUCCCUGAACAUAUCCGAGCUCAUCCUGUUCGAUCUUCAGCUGGAGUUCGCGUAGAAUCUACCCAUACAUUUUGCUCUAGUACGACUACGGGAACCACAUUAACUGCAGUCUCAAAUUUGGUCCCUGUGGUAACGUUCAAUCGCUAUGGAAAAUCCACAAUUGGACUCAGUUAUCGAUACGUUGACUCGAACCAACCAGACGCUGUCGAGCCUCCUGUGCAAAUAACUACUAAAAAACCAUCCGUCGUUCAGACAACCACUAGGCCGGUUACAAAAUGCGUGAACAAUUUUUAUGACUGUACAAUUCUUGCCUUCUUCGGAUUCUGUGGCUAUCCACAAGUUCGUCAACAAUGUAUGCGUGCCUGUGGUUUAUGUUAA